CAGAUGGCUGCUUGGUUCCCGACAGUCUUAUUUAUUUGCUGCAUCCUGGAGUCCACUGUGGAGUCCACACAGGUCCAGAGGAACAGAUACACCAACUCAUUUAGCUUGGCAAGAUCUACCCGGAGCCGUGUGCAGCAGCUGCUAAAAAAAUAUAAGGAGCAGGAGCUUGGCAAUUUGGAUUUUGAUGGCAGAAGCCAGCAGCUGACGGAUUUGCCUUUGCUUUCCACAGACUUUGACAGCUGGCUACAGCUCUCGGACUGGGACAGACUGCAUGCAGCCUUCUUGGACAUGCAAGCCUACUGGAAUAUUUUGGAAAGGAAAAGAGUAGACCUGGAAAAGGAGGAAAAAGCUCAUUCGUGGCUGAGGAAGACCCAGAUCUCUUUGCCUCAGAGGUUCAAGCACAUUCAGCUGGACUUACGAGACCUCAUGAACCAAGUCAGCAGUCAGAUGAGAUUCACAAGGCGGUCUUGGAUGAAGCCAACACCUGCUGCAGUACACCUGAACUCAGAGAGGAGCCCCCGUGCAGACUGGGACAGUCGAGUGGAGGGUUACAUCGCACUGAGAGAUUUGGACCUUUACCUCACAAAGCUGGCAAGAGACUUUUUACUACUGGCUUCAAAAAGACACUCCUGACUCACACUGACUCAGCCAACAGUCUGGAACUGUGCGAAUGACCCUGAAUUGACAGAGUUAUCCUAUGAGGACCUCUUGUUGCUGUGUGCUUUAUUUUUGCAUAAAAAAUGGCGUACAUGUGGA